AUGAACACUCGCUCAACCCGAACAGGGUCCGUAGCAAAAGAUGAUUUGAAGGCUCUUCUUGCGGCUGAUCCCCUUGUCAAUGGCAGCUUCGGCUGGAGGAAGCGUGUCGAUUUCACCAUGAAGCAAAAAGAACUUACAGAGCUUGUGGCAAAGCUUGACCAGUCGAACUUGACCCUAAGUGGGUUCAUUAGCGACAGCGAGAUGCUUGACCGUCUGCAAACACAGACGACCGAUCAGCUGGAGGCCUUGAAUCUCUCCACGAGGCUUCAUUCCAUCCGUAAGCAUGCCGACAGCCUGCACGACGCUCUGCAAAGUGCCCGACUGCCCAACUGUCUGGAUUCGCACCACAUCACCCUGCAAUUGGAGGAUCGCGUGCUUCAGAUCGAAGCAAGCAAGCCGAAUCCGCGGCCGGAGAUCAGCUUUCGCAUCUCGGUUGCUGCUGAUGCUUCUGGUACACAGUGGUGCCAGACUGUGAUCAGCGUGUCAAGGUUGCAGACAGCUUCUCACAGGCCAGUGGAGGAUCUCUGUCACGCCAUCAGACGCGCUGAACAUCUUGAGAACAGCUUCCACUUACUAGACAACCUGAUUACCACACUGCCUGUCAGUUCACGCUUCAAUCACGGGGAAGAUGUGGAUACCACAACUCUAGCAGACCUCUUACAGUGCAACAACACAAUUACUCCCAAGAAUAUCACCAUCCUAGCUCUCAAGCUGGCCUCUUCAAUCGUGCAGCUAGGCGCGACAGGCUGGCUCCAGGAGUGUUGGACAAAGAACAUCAUUACAUUCUUUCACCCUCGUGGCAAGCCGGUAUACUACACGAGCAAUCCCCUCCUUUCGAAAACCUUUCACAACGCCUCUGCGGCUCUUGUCGGUUCGGCUCAUCAGCAUAUCAAACCCAUCGAUGCCCUCUUCGAACUUGGCGUCCUCCUUCUUGAGAUCGGCCACCAAAAGCCAUUCGAGGCUUGGCUGUCUGAAAACAACUUGACCUGUGUCGAUGACUCGCGCCUCGCUCGCCUGCCUCGAGCACUUCAAUGGCACGAAGAGAGUGACGGCGUGCUGCCAAUCAAAUACCGCAUUGUCAUUGCGAGGUGCCUCAAAUGCUCAUUUGAUGAGUAUGCCUUCAGCUGGGACGAUGCACAAUUUAGGCAGGCGAUCUGUCGAGAGAUAAUUGAGCCAUUGCGUCAGAAUGCAUCGAUUUGGUAG